AUGGCCACUGGCCCAACACCAGCUCUGCGGAACAAGCGGCUGCGAGCGCCUUUGCUUCUGCUGUUCAGGAGGUGCCGCAGGCCCGGCACACCCGCCGCAGUCACUGCGUUAUAUUCUGCUGACUGUCAGGCCAUAAAAAAAUGGCUGAAGAUGUGCUUUAAGAGGAAUGUGGAUGUCUUAGCAUUGUAUCCAGCUGGACAGUUAAGACUAAGAAGUAUCCCAAGUUUAUCACGGUUUCAUAGGUUAAGGCAUUUGUGGAUUAACAGCAACAAGAUCUAAGAUUUAACUUUCUUGAUCAAAAACUAUGGCUUGACAAAGCUCUAUCUCAACAAUAAUGAACUGGCAGAUAUAUCAGGUGCUCUGAAGCACUUAUGUGCAUUACCGAUUCAGUUGCUUCGCAACAACCAGUUAAAAAAACUUGGCAAAUAAGUGAAGGAACUGAAAGGAAUGAUAAGCUUGCAGACCCUAAACCUAUUCCAUAACCCUCUGGCACAAGGCCCAGGCUAUUGGCUUGUGAUAUACUUGCUUCCUUCAGUACAGUUCCUUGACAGGAAGUUAGUUACACAAAGAGAAAGGGAGUCAGCACUUCAUCUUUGUAACCGCGAAAGGUCUUGUGUUAUGUAGUCAAUGGCUUUUGGAAAGAGAAUAAAUACGCCCCUAGGGACUACAGUGGGAUCUAGCAGAUGCACGCAACCAGCCAGAAGACUGAUGAUGCCCUCAGGUUUUGAAUUUGGAAAUCCCACAAAUAAAGUACCAUUUGAGAACCCUGAAGAUGCCAUUUUACUACAGGCAAUCACAAGAUCGUUAAUGGAAUUUUCCUCUAUUGACUGCAACAAAGUAGCCACCUGUCAAGAAAGAUGGAUUGAAAACAAAGCAGAAGAACCCCAUGAGAAGCUGACAGUCCUAUUUAGAUGAAUGCUUUCUUCCUUAAGAAAAAAAUUAUUCCUCUCUAGCGUGGAGAUAAGCCCCUUAAGUUAGUUAAUCUCUCUAUAAAACAAGUACAGUAAACCAUGCAUCUAAUUAAAUGAACUUCCAGCCAAAAAAGUGUUAGUGUAACAUUCCUUUUAUCAUUAGAUAUGUAAUAUGGAGAGUGAAGAAAAUAAGAAAACAAAUUCUAAAUAGUGGCAAUGUUAGAAUAAAAGUUGCUUGGAGCGUAAUCCUUGCCAUACUUUCGUUAUCAGAAAUUAUUAAAGCUAAACUGCAAGUUAAUUUUUAAGAAACUAAGGAUAAAUAAUUUCAUUCAUUAUCAUUUCUACUGAAGAAUUAGACUUACUGCAUUCACUGGCAGUAAUUUGUCUUCAUCAAAAUAAAGAUAUGAGAAAGCAACCAGUAAGCUUUUCUCAUCUCUGAGACAGAUCAAAGUUUCAAUUUGCUAAUUAGUGUGCUCCGCAAAUGCACUGAAAACUCUUAAGUUUUGUGAGGAUGCUCAUUUAGUCUCAGUGCGGUGGAACCAUGAGUUCUUAAGCAUGCCGAUAUCUCCCUCUUGGCUGUGGCUGCUAAUAUUUUCCGGGGAUGCAGGCCUCUGCUUACCAGUCCUUCCGCAGAGGCAGGAUUUGCUGCGCACAACGCGCUGCCCCGAGACUGCUGGCUGGUUUUAACAUGCUCUUUUAUAGCCAAGUGGGUCAUGCAGCACUGUACCACCACACCUGACACAUCCGGCUUCUACAGCCUGUUACCAUUAAGGAAACUAGUGGGAAAUGUGCACACAGAGGGAAAAUGAUACAUUUCCUCACAUCUUUUCCCCUCCAUUCUGCCAAAAGCUAAGUCAGUGCUCUCUGAUGUAUUAAAGCCCUUCUUCAGUC